AUGAAAAGUCAUGAUUGUCAUGUGUUUAUGGAGUGUUUACUUCCAUUUGCAUUUAGUUCAUUGCCUGAUCUUGUAUGGAAACCACUUACAGAGUUAAGUCAAUUCUUUAAGGGAUUAUGCAGCAAUACCUUAAGAAAAGAUGAAUUGAUUAAAUUAGGUGAUAACAUUCCAGUCAUCAUAUGCAAACUUGAAAGAAUAUUUCCACCAGGAUUCUUUGAUUCUAUGGAGCAUCUUCCAAUUCACCUUCCCUAUGAGGCACAACUUGGUGGUCCUGUACAAUAUCGAUGGAUGUAUCCAUUUGAAAGAAUGAUGGGAGAUUUUAAGCGGUCAGUGAAGAAUAAGGCUAGAGUGGAAGGCUCAAUAUGUAUGUCGUAUUUACACCGAGAGACAACAUAUUUUUGUUCCCACUAUUUCAAAACGGCCACCUUAUUUGCCACAAGCAAACAUAAUGAAGCGUUAGGACUGAACGAUGAUGUAGUGCCAACAUUGUCAAUAAGCAACCCUCUUGGACGUCCUAGUGGAAAAUCCCAAAUACAUUGGUUGACUGAUGCUGAAUGGAGAUCUGCUCAUGUACACAUUCUCAUUAAUUGCAAUGAGGUUAAGCCAUAUAUUAAUAUUUUCUUGCAAAAUAAGUCCAUCAAUGAAGAGGAUCCUUCAGCUUCAACUCUUAUACAUGGAGAAUUCCCAGAAUGGUUUCGAGAGUAUGCCACUAAUGAGGGAAAUGGUGUGACAGACAAAAAACUAAUAUCAUUAGCUUGGGGUCCUGAAUCAAAUGCCAUGAGUUGGCACAAAUACUUCAUUAAUGGGUACAAAUUCCACACACAAGCAUGGAGUCAAGGUAAAAAGACCAUAAAUAGUGGGGUUUAUGUGAAGGGGAUUACAGAAGGUGGGGAAGAUGAUUUCUAUGGAGUCAUUAAACAUAUCUUUGAGUUGGAGUAUCAUGAAUUAUCUCACAAAGUAGCCUUGUUUUACUGUCAAUGGUUUGAUCCAAAACGAGGUAGAGGAACAAAAGUUCAUCCUCAUUAUGAUAUUGUAGAUAUCAAGAUGAACAAAAAAUAUGAUCGUUAUGAUCCAUUCAUAAUUGCACAAAAGGCCAAACAAGUGUAUUAUGUACCUUACCCAGAAAUGCGUGUAGACAAACGUGGUUGGUGUGCAGUGAUAAAGACAAAGCCCAGAGGUCGUAUAGAGGUUGUUGACAUUGAUGAUGAUACACCCUAUCAAGAUGAAGAGAUGGCUCACGUUGAACAGAUAACUGAAAUUGAAGAUAUAACCGGCUUGCACGAUGAAACACAUAGUGAUGAAGAAGUUGAUGUUACAUUAAUUUCUAGCAUGCAAAUUAAUGCUAGUGCAGAUAAUGAUUAUAGGGAAGAUAAUAAUAUCGAUGAUGAAGUUACUAACACCAUAUUAUCCAUAUCUUCAACACAUUCCAAAAGUGAGUUGAAGAAAAUAGCUAGAGCAACUUGUUUUGCAAUUCAAGAUUAA